AUCCCACUAUAGCCUAGCCGCAACGCAAUCACAAGAAAGAAAGAAAGAAAGAAAGAAGUAAUGGAGGAGGACGUGGGAGCGGUGUUCCGGAGGAAGCACAAGAUGGAGGAUGAGGACCAAGACAUCGUCACCUUCAUCCGCCAAGCCAUCUCCGUCGCUUCCGUCGUCGCCCCCGACCAGCUCAAGAACCAGAGGACCCACAUCCUCAAACUCCUCUUCAACGAGGAUCAUCAUCCUCAAACGCCGGCGCCGACCGAUACCAAGAAGAAGAACAUCAACAGCAAACCCCCCGCCGCAGAUGUUUCUUGUUCUAGAAAGAUAAAGAUCAAGAUUGUCAACAACAAGAAACCCCAUCAUGAUCAAUUGGCCGCCGCCGCGGCUAAUAAUUCUGCCCCCGCCCCCGCCGCCCCUAAUAAUCAUACUCCGAUUCAAGAAGCUGCUGUUGGGUCGUCCUUCAAGAAAGCCGCCGCCGCCGCGGAGAACAAGAAGCUGCUGGAAGCCGCCAAGAGGAACCUGAGCCAGCGCUACGCGGAAGUUGCGGAAAACAAGGCCAAGAGAAAGAUCCAGUGCAUCGGCGUUUCUGAAACCAUGAUGCUCCUCUCCCGCGACCGAACCACUGCUGCGGCCCCAAACCCUAAGAGGAGGAUCGGAGGACGAUGGUGAAGACCACGAUGAUGAUCCAACA